AUGCUGCUCUCAAGAACAGCGUCUCGCCUGUCUUCAGGCCCGGCAUCUCUGGUGCACAGCAAGUCCAGACCUCUGAGCACCUCGACAAGGCUGCUAGCAGCAGCAAGCACGGGCAAGAAGCGCAUGGCUGUGCUAGGCGGUGGAAUCUCGGGUCUCACCUCAGCAUACCGUCUCGCUCAGCAGCUGCCAAAAGACAGAUACGAUGUCGUCCUUUUUGAACAUCAAGACCGGCUCGGAGGCUGGAUUCAGUCUGAACGCAUUGCAUUACAGGCCACCGGUGCCGCUGCAUCAAGCUCCACCACAGCGCUCAUUGAGAAGGGCCCACGCAGCAUCCGACCAGCCGGUUACUCAGGGCUGAUGAUGCUUGACCUCGUUCGAUCGCUCGGCUUGCUCGGAAGACUACUUAAGGUACCCAAGACGGCACCAUCAGCACAAAACAGAUACCUCUACUAUCCGGAUCGACUCGCAAAGCUUCCUAGCAGCAUCCCCUCCCUCGUCUCAGCACUGCUCAAAUUGCCCUUCCUCCGUUCCAUUAUCCCUGGUGUGCUGCGGGAACCACGUGUGCCAUCGCGCUUCCUCCGACCACGAUCCGAAUCACAGUCUGAGAAGGCCCGCUUGCAUCAGCGAGAACUCAUUGAGGACGAGAGCGUCGACUCCUUCGUUUCGCGACGCUUUGGUAAAGGGCUGGCGGAGAACCUUGUCUCGGCUGUCAUUCACGGCAUCUAUGCUGGAGAUACACGGAGGCUGAGUGUACGUGCUGUGCUUCCUUUUCUGUGGGAAGCCGAACGAGUGCAUGGUAGUGUGCUGCGCACUAUGCUUCCCACCAAGAGGAAUAAGCGUCAUCGCGUGCUACCGGAAGCUGAGGCAGCAGUCAAGGCGGCAAAGGAGGAUCGACUGAAGCAGAUCGAGACAGAGCUCGGCAAAGAAUUCGUGGAAAGCUUCAAGAAGAUCAGCGUAUACAGCUUUCCAAAUGGAGUACAGGAAAUUGUUAAGGCGUUGGAGACGCAGCUCGCUGAAUACGAGAAUGUGCAGGUCAAAAAGGGCGAUGCUGUCAAAUCUGUUGUCGUCGACUCUUCGGGCAAGGUGUCAUUGCGCACAAAGAGAGGAGAGACAAUCCAAGCAGACCGAGUUAUCUCCAGCAUCCCAUCAUCUGUGCUUGCCGACACCCUCUCUGAAACUACCGAGCUGCCUCACCUCAAACACAACCCAUCAGCGAACGUAGGUGUCGUCAAUAUCGUCGUCUCUCCCGGCGCUGUCUCGUCGAGUAGCAAGCCUCUGGUCCCUGUCGAAGGCUUUGGUUAUCUCAUCCCUCGUACAACCCCGGGCAACGAAGAUGGAAUCCUCGGCGUUGUCUUUGACAGCGAUGCGAUCCCAGACCAAGACUCGGCAGAUACAGCUUCUCGACCAAUCAAAUUGACAGUGAUGAUGGGCGGCUCACACUGGUCCAACCUCUCAGCAUUCCCUAGUGAAGAAGAUAUGAAGAAGCGCGCAAUCCGGGCUGUCUCAAACCAUCUUGGCCUUGACGCCGCGCUACUGGAGGACGCGUCGAAGGUGACGGUCAAAGCGACGAUGCAAAAGGAUUGCAUCCCGUGGUACCUCGUAGGUCACCCAGUGAGGAUGGCUCAGCUGCACAAAGCGUUGGAGAGGGACGAGACUCUGGCUGACAAGCUGACGCUGGUCGGUGCGAGUUAUACCGGUGUCAGCUUGAACGACUGUGUAGCCUACGCUACUGAGGCGGUGGAGCAGAUUGUAACAGCAGAGCUGAAUGGUGGCGACAAGAUUGUGACUGGUUUGCGAUCGUUUGCUAUUCCUCCCGCCGCACCUACUCAGACCAGUUCGAGUAUUACAGCAAAAGUGAGGAACGGCGACACACGGCCCAGUACUCAGCCACAAGGACUGAUGGGUCCCACCACCACACAGUUCUCCGCCGCUCGAGGCAUUCACACCUCUUCUCGCCGUCAGUUCUCCACAUCUCGACGAGCACUAGAAGCUGCCAAACCCCCUUCAUCCCCCCUCGCUUCCACACCAACCUCGGAAAAGCUUGACGAGAAGAAAGCAACCAAAAGCCUAAACGAGAUCCUUCUCGACAGCAUUCGCGCCUCUGGACCCAUGCCAGUCUCUACCUACAUGCGAACCUGUCUUCUGGAUCCCAUGCAAGGCUACUACUCAUCCGCCAACUCCCCCGCUACCUUGCGCGAAGUUCUCGGUUCACGCGGAGACUUUAUCACCUCCCCCGAAAUCUCGCAGGUGUUCGGCGAGCUCGUAGCGAUUUUCUACCUUGCGAGAUGGCAGAGUGUUGGAGCACCGCAAAAGACUAGACUGGUCGAGUUGGGGCCUGGGAAAGGAACCUUGUUAGCGGAUAUGCUGAGGACUUUCGCAACGUUCAAACCUUUCAUGGCGACGUUGAAGCGGAUUCAGUUGGUGGAAACGAGUGAUGGGUUGAUGGAGUUUCAGUUGAAUGCGAUCAAAGAGGCGCUUGCGGUGGGUGGGAAACAGGUUAUUAGUGCUGAAGAAGAAGCCGAAGCCGGAUCUGACGGCGUUGUGGUGGAAUGGUACCCUUCUGUGGACCUAGUUCCCAUCGUUCCGCAGGAGUUUACCAUCUUGACCGCACACGAGUUCUUCGAUGCUCUCCCGACGCAUAUCUUUGAAAAACACACCGAUGGAAAAUUCAGAGAAGUCAUGGUCGGUAUCAAACCCAAAUCUCCCAUCACCAUUCUUAGACCUGGCGACAACCUUUCGACCCUCAAAAAAGAAAAAGGAAAGGAAGAACUGGGAUUCGUCCUCUCCCCCACCCCAACACCUUGGGCGCAGAUGCUAGUUCAAACCAAUCCGCGAUUCCAGGGCUUGCAACCGGGUCAAAGAGUUGAAGUUUCACCUGAAGCUUGGGCUGUUGCUCGUCGUGUAGGUGAACUUGUUGCUGGUAGACCUGCUGCUCCGCCCACUUCUCUCCCUAAACCUCCCUCCACUGGCCCGAAACCGGCUGCUGGGUCGACAGAAGCGGAAGCAGAAGCAAGUCUAGAAUCCGAACGCCUCGAAGCUGAACAAGCAAGAGAAAGCGCCCGACUCGCAACCCCUUCCUCCGGCGGUAUCGGGUUAAUCAUCGACUACGGAGCAGACCAAGCCUACGGAUCAUCCUUCCGUGCGUUUAAACAUCACCAGCUUGUGCCGGUAUUCGAACAACCUGGCGCUGUUGAUCUCACUGUCAAUGUCGAUUUCUUGCAUCUCAAGUCAGCGAUUCAAACUACGGAUGCAAGGUAUUUGGGACCGUUGGAUCAAGCGGAUUUCUUGGUUGGGAUGGGGUUGCAGAUGCGUACUGAAAGGCUCAUCAAGGGAAAAGGGGAAGAGGUUGAGAAGAGGAUUAAGGAUGCAGCUAAUCGAUUGAUUGACGAGACUGGGAUGGGUGUGCAGUACAAGGCGAUGGCGAUUGCUGCUGCGCCUACACAAGGCGGCAAGAAGGAAAAGGGAAAGGAGAGGGAGGGAGAUCCUGAUAUUUACCCAUUUGAGUUUCAGCAGUGA